CUCUCACUCCUCUUGUCUCUACCACCGGCCUUUGCAUUCAUAUCAUCUUCCAUCCCUAUCUCCCACGCUCCCACACUCACUCCUCACUCCUACCUUUCAUCCCCUCUUCUCUCCCCCCACCACUCUUCCCCCAUCCCAUCCCAUCUGCCAAGAAACGCCGGAGGUCGCCGCUUGCGGAUCCGGAGGUGGAAGAGAGAGACGUUGGAUCAGGGGAGGCAGGAAAGAUGGCUGACGAGCCCGAGCCACAGCUGGUGACGCCCCUGGUAUUUGAAGCAACCAGACCGUUGUGCGCACCUCUGCAGCAAGGUCUCGAUGACGUUCCUGUUCUGCCAUUCAACGUAGCAGCGGUGGAUCUACUGGAUGCUUAUGAGGAAGCUUUUAAAUCUAUGACCCGACGAGCCAGAGACAUAGCACCCGCCCUCUACUGCAACAAGCCUAUAACUCCCCUUCCUAACCCACACAAUCGGCCAAGACAAACUUCUUCUGCUGCUUCUUCUUCCACCUCAAGAAAGAAAGAUAAAGCAAAGAAAACAAAGCAAUCGGAGGAGGAGCUUGAUGAUUAUGAAGAUGUGAAGAAAUGGGGUCACAGCCACUUCAUCAUAGAGAUGUAUUACGAGCAUGAGGCCACGGGUUACAACUACGAUGGAAUGAUGGUUCAACUUCUCAUAUGUGACUACAAUGGCUACCUGGUUGGUAUCAGAAGAGUUGCAUGUGAUCAAUGGUCCAAGUGGUACUAUUGCAGUGAUGACUUUUCCCUUCCAUUCUUUCUCAAAGAUGGCGCAGAGAAGCUCCCAAUAGAAGGUGAUCAUAAGAAAAGGGCGCUUCUUGGUGGGUUCUCCACUUUCCUCCACAUCUUCGAGAAACUUGGCUACUACCCUGAUAAUGGAGACAACGUGGAAAUGGAGAAGGCAUUCCUAGCAGCUGUGUUGGUAUUUUGCGAGGCAAGGCGGUUCGUGUGGAUAUUCAUGUAAGUGAAGGAGAGAAUUAGAAGGAAUGAAGAAGAACCAAGAGACUUAGACUGCACCAUUCCUGGUAGAGAAAUCCACAUGGACUAUGCGUGGAUGGAUGUUAAGGAUUGGGGUAUUGACUCCAAACUAGUGUUAACUUCUGCCCAGAAAGGAGUGUACACGCCACCUAGGGCCGACGACGGUAAGGCAGAAACUCUAGUAGUAAUUGACAAGAGGAGCACGUUUGAGAGACUUAUCGCACACGGAAGGGAAAGUGGACAUCUGGGGCUGAUAAUGCGUGAUGACUAUGUAUUGGCUCCCGAGGGCAGCCGGGUGCUCAUGCUGUUGAGGAAGAAGAAGGAUCAGUUGGGAGCUAAAUGCCGUGAACCAUAUUUCCGUGAAGUGAAGGAGGAUGAAGACGAUGAGUGACGGCUGUACGUUCUGUGCUCCAGCAGGACCCAGCAAGUUUGCAUCCUGCGUUGUCAAGGAGGGGAGAAGAAAGAAGAAACUGCAGAGGAGAGUCUGAUGGCGAGAUGGCCAAGCUUCAGUCUGCUCGACGACUAAGCUGUGUCUUGUGUGCACCUCGCCUCGCUUCGCCGUGUGUCAAGUCCCAAGUUUCGUCGUCUUUAGUUAGUGUUGAACACUAGAGUUGCAACUUCUAUUAUCAUCCUUUAAUUUGGACAAGAACUAUGCUAACUAGUUGUUUCCUUCCGGAUGUGUGUACUCGACAAUGUAUCGUUAUGUCAUGCACUUGGUUAAUUUAUUUCUCUCGUGUUAUCUACA